GAGAGUUCUCCUGAAUCAUCAGAUGAUCGAGCCUCUUCUUCUCUCCGUCAGUUCGGCUUCAGCUUCAGCUUCAUCAUGACUCGCGUCGCGUUGAACAUCAGCGUCGCGUUUAUCCUCCUUCUGUCGCGAUGCUGCGACGCUAACCGCAAACUCCUGGUGUUUCUCAUCGAUGGAUUCCGUUAUGAUUACAUGGACGAUUUACAAAACCUGGCCGGAUUCAGAGAGAUCGUGGAAAACGGUGUGAAAGUGGAUUAUCUCACUCCAGAUUUCCCCAGUCUGUCCUAUCCAAACUAUUACUCUCUAAUGACAGGACGCUACUGCGAGGUGCACCAGAUGACUGGGAAUUACAUGUGGGAUAAGGACACCAUGAAGGAAUUCCUGAUCGGAACCAAUCCGGACAGCCGGUUACCCCUGUGGUGGGACGGGUCCGAGCCGCUGUGGGUCACCAUGCAGAAGCUGGGGAAGAGAGUCUACAUGUACUACUGGCCAGGUUGUGAAGUGACGAUUCUUGGAGUCAAACCUUCGUUCUGUGAGGAAUACGUGUACAAUCCUUCAGAGAAGAACCUGACCGACGCCAUGGAGAACGCUCUCAAUAUGUUAAAGAGCAAUAAAGCAGACAUGGCUGCUAUUUACUAUGAGAAGAUUGAUGUGGAAGGGCAUCACUUCGGCCCUGGCUCUCCUGAACUACAGCGGGCCGUUCGCUCCCUGGAUCAGGCCCUCCAGACACUCAACCAGAAAAUCAAGGAGAAGAGCAUGAGAGAUGAUGUGAACGUGGUGCUGUUCUCGGAUCACGGCAUGACGGAGCUCGAGUGGAUGGAGAAAGUUAUCGAGCUGGAGAACUUCAUUGACAUGUCACAGGUUAUUAAGAUGAUGGACAGGGGGCCGGUGGUCAAUCUGUGGCCCAAACAGGACAAGUUUGAGGAGAUCUAUCAGAACCUGAGCGCAGUGAACAACAUGGAUGUGUAUAAGCAGCCGGAGAUCCCGGAGCGCUUCCACUACAGGAACGGGCGGUUCGUGUCGACGCUGACGCUCGUGGCCGAGCCCGGCUGGUUCAUCACCGAGAGUAAAGCCAAACUGCCCUUCUGGAAGAACGGCACGACAGAAGCGGAGGGAUGGCAGCACGGAUGGCACGGGUACGACAACCAGUUUGUGGACAUGAGGGGAUUCUUUUUGGCACAAGGACCAGACUUCAAGACGAACUUCCGCGCCGGCCCCAUGCGAACAGUGGAUGUGUAUAAUGUGUUGUGUAAGACGCUGGGGAUCGAAGCGCAGCCGAACAACGGCUCCUGGUCUCGGGUCGAGUGUAUGAUGAAGAGCUCGGCUUCUGCCGUUCGAGUCGCUUCGACCUCCGUAUGCCUGAUGAUGAUGAUGAUGAUGAUGAUGAUGCACUAGAAUAUCUGGGAACACAACAUCAGAGACAGGAAACACUGAUUUUAUGCCUUAGUGUGCGCCAUAGGCUCAGAUAAAUGCCAAGAAAACCCAUUUUUGCUGCACUGCCUCUAUUUUUGAGUUGAAGAAAUUAUGUUGUUGGAUAAACCAAUUUGCACAUUUUCACUGACAUUCGACCUGAGGUCAAAGAUUUAUAUUUUUAGUAAAAUAUGAGCUUUUAUUAUGUAAUUUCAUUCCUUUUCUCCAUCUGUUGUUUCUGUCUUUACACAUUUAUUUUAUUUUCUGAUGACUGUAAAAUGGCUAGUGUGUCCUCUCUGUCAAGAUGUGUGCUGUUUUGAAUGUAAGGCGUUGUAUUGUUAUUAUUUGUUUCAUUUCUAUAACUUUAUAGAAUUAUAACAUUAUAGAUUAUCCAUUUUCCUUUAGUACGGGGUUUGACUUUGUACUCAUUUCUUUCACAAUAAAAUAUCUUCUCAAGA